UCUUCUCUAUCACUGUUUGGAGCGAUAGGAGGAAUGGAGGAUGUGGGUCCUCUUAAAGGAACUGACACGUCGCACUUCGUCACACUGUGCCGCUUACUUUCUUCGGUCGCGUGCUGAUUACCCUUUCCCUUCCAAAACCCCAAAGGAGUUCCGCUUUGAAUCCCACAUUCUAUUUGGGUGCUUUUGAUUUAGGUAAAUUUGAGGGUGAAUAUGGAGAUGGAUGUUGAAGAAGUGGAACAUAAAGAAGUGCCAAAAUGUGAAUAUGAGGUUGUAUGCAUGCAAGAUUUGGUAGGUUGUGAAUGCAGUGAAUUGGAAGAGAGGAGUAAGAAAGCUGAAGCGAAGUGUGUUGAGUUGGAAUUGGAUAUUCAUAGGAAUAAGAGCGAGUAUGAAGUUCUCGAGACCAAAUUUAAGGCAUUGGAAGUUGACAAGCUUGAAAUUGAGGACGAACUUAAGGUAUUGAAGAGGGAGAAUGAUGAACUCAAAAAGCUUGUUAGCGGCUUUGAAGGUGAAAGGAAGGUUAGUAGUGGAAGUGAGAGGGAUAUGAAUAGGAUUGUCGAUUUGAUGGAGGAGAAUCAGGAGGAAGAUAAGCUCAUUCAGCUUUUGAUUGAGAUCAGCGUUUUGGAAUGUGAGAAGAAGAGGGCUGAGAGUGAGGUUGAGGUUUGGAAGGAAAAGUUCAAGGAGAUGGAGUCGCUGGUUUUAGUGUUAAAUGAGAAUUCAGUUUUGAGAUGUGUGGAAUGGCCAUUGAUUGGUGGGACAAAAACAGGGUUCGGAUUACAAAAUGUUACUCAUGAUGUGAGAGUGAAGAAAGAAGCAGUUGAAGCAAUUGAGACUUUGGUGAAGGUUGGCUCUACUAUUUGUCAUUCCCCUGUUAAAGGAAUUGGUGAUCUAAAAGCAGCAGGCACGCCUUGUAAUGACUUUACAUAUAGGGAAGAUGCUUGUAUUAAGGAAGAAAAGAAAGGUCUCUGUUUGGCAUACGGUAGACGAGUUAGAAAACAAUUGUCAUUCGAAGAAGCAAGGAGCCCCAGCAAAAAGUUGGCUCCAUCCACACCAGCUGGUGCUAGACCAGCUUCUCUUGGCAUCAUUGAUAUCAGUGACAGUGACGAUGAGCAAACUACCCAUAUCUUAUCACCUGCUUCUAAUGAUGAGGUAAUCGACAAGGUUCACAUUUCAGAGGAUUGCACUUUAGGAUUAUCUAUGGGAAGUGAAAAUGGAAAAAAUUCUGGGAAUAGUUUGAAACGGAUACAUUAUGACGAAGUUGAAGACGAUACGGAUGCUUGGAAGGAGAACCUUUUGUUUACUCCGACACCCAAAAAACGAGCUUUUAAUGUUUUUACUAGUGACACUGAGAGUGAUGAGGAUGAUAAUGUUCCGAUCUCUAAACUCAUUUCUAAACUCAAGCGGAUGCGUCUCCUGGAAAAAGUUCCUGAUGAAGAAGGUUCUGAUUUGAAUGACUGCUCAGAUACUGCUACUUCUCUAGGUGACAAUGUCACGGGUAGUGUUACCCCUCAAAGGCGGCAUCUGAUGGCUUUAAGAAAAUCUGUAGGAAAAGGUGGGGCAGAAAGAAACUCUUCAAGUCAGGCCAGUAAGACUAAAUAUGAUCGAGGAGGAAUCCUUGCAUGCGAGGAUGCUGAAGAUGAUGAUUCAGAAGAGUUUGGGUCAGACAGCGAGGGUGAAAGCUUGGGUGGAUUUAUUGUUGGGGGCUCUGAUGUUUCUGAUGUGGAUGAUGCUUCUAGUGAGUCACAAGAGGUAUCAGAUGAAAAUUCAGACUUUGAUGAGAUCAAAUCCGAAAAUACAGACUUUGAUGAGAUCUUAUCCAAACUUCAACGGAACCAAGAUCAUAAAUUAAAAUGGGAGUUUGAGGCAGACAUUCUUGCAGCCUUUGGAAAGGAUACUGAAUUGUGCAUGAAGGCAGUUUGUGCUCUCUUUCGGCAGCAAACUUCUGGGGAAAAAUCAAGCAAGGAAGCAUUUUACUCCAAUCACCGAGGCUUUAGCAAGUUUGAUGCUCCAAGGGGCUCUACUUUGGCCGAGUUUCUCACUGAUGGAGACCCAGAAGGUGAUCUUAAGAAAUCUGUCAAGGAGUUGCAAGAGUAUGACCCCGAGGCAGUGCAGCUGUGCAGAAGAUUGGCAACUCACUACUCUAAGCAAUUGUUUGAGAUCUACAAGAACAAAGAGGAUCCUUUCUUUCUCCCUUCUUGACAUGACCUGCAACAAAUUGAAAACAAAGAUAUUACUAGUCAAAAUCUUCCAUAGAAGUGUAUGCUUGAAAAUGGUGUUCCUGUUGGUUUUCCAUUCCUCUGCUAUGCCUUCCUGUUGUGCAUGUUUUGUUGUAUAUAUGAUUUAAGUGAUUGUAUGUCUAUCAGAAGCAAAUGUCCCUAGGAACUGGCUUCCUAGGUCGUUUGUAUAUAUCAAGAUAAUACUAUAAUUUCUUGUAUUAGAAUAUUAAUUAAAUAAUUAAAUCUAUUAUUUCUAAUUAACAUAAAUAUUUGAGAUAAGUAGUAAUUUAAUACUAUAUAUGUCAAUGAGCAUUGAGUUA